AUGACCCUCAUCAUCCUCAUGACCCUCAUCAUCCUCAUGGCCCUCAUCAUCCUCAUGACCCUCAUCAUCCUCAUGGCCCUCAUCAUCCUCAUGACCCUCAUCAUCCUCACAGACCCCCAUCAUCCUCACAGACCCUCAUCAUCCUCACAGACCCUCAUCAUCCUCACAGACCCUCAUCAUCAUCAUGGCCCUCAUCAUCCUCACAGACCCUCAUCAUCCUCACAGACCCUCAUCAUCCUCAUGACCCUCAUCAUCCUCACAGACCCUCAUCAUCCUCAUGACCCUCAUCACCCUCAUGACCCUCAUCAUCCUCAUGACCCUCAUCACCCUCAUGACCCUCAUCACCCUCAUCAUCCUCACAGACCCUCAUCACCCUCAUGA